UGCAGGCCAAGGCGGUAGACAAAGUAGGCUGCGACUUUCCUAACCGUCCGACGAUCCAGUAGUCCUCGAAAUUAGAGCGAUCAACCAUGAGCAAGAGAGGCAGGGAUGUGUGGGACAUGGAGCUCGGCAGCCUCGACACGGCCCGGCUGCUCAUGCUCCUGGCGCAGCACCAGCAGCGCGCCGUCGCCGGGGCGGCGCCGGCGACGAGCAUGAGCGGCCGCGUGUUCCAGUGCAAGACGUGCAACCGGCAGUUCCCCACGUUCCAGGCGCUCGGGGGACACCGCGCCAGCCACAAGCGCCCCAGGCUUCAACCGCACCCGCAGCCGCACCCGCAGCAGCAGGCGAUCGGCAACGCCGACGACGGCGCGGCGCUCUGCCUCGGCCGCCGGGGGCCGCUGCAGCCGGCCAGGCCGAGGGCGCACGAGUGCCCCGUCUGCGGGCUCGAGUUCGCCGUCGGACAGGCGCUGGGCGGGCACAUGCGCCGGCACCGCGUCGAGGCCAGAGCGCCGACCGGCGAGGCGGCGGCGCCCGAGAUGGUCGUGGCAUCGCCAUCGUGCGACGCCGGCGGGAUCUGCCUGGACCUCAACCUGACGCCGUCGGAGAACUGCGCCAAGUGCAGGAGCGCGGCGGCCGCGGGGCUCGGCGCCGCUGCCGGGCAGGGUGUGCAUAAGGCGCUCGCCAUGUUAGACUGCUCCCUCUGAUCCUUCCGAUCGCUGGUGUUCCUCGCACGUACACAUGCUCGUGGCUCCUAAUUGCUUCCUUGCUAAAACGUUCUAUUGGUUUAUUUACAUUAUACUUUUAUUCUAGACCUGUUACGAUUUUUUUUGUAAAUUUGGGAUUCUCUCUCCUUCAUUAGAUGUUCAAACAUGAACUUUUGUAUAUUUCCUUGCUGUAAAUAAUACUUCAUGAAAUUUACCACACUUAUGGUC